AUGGCAAAUUCAGGGAGUUCUGGUAACAUAACUUACACCGAUAAGCAGCUUGUAGCUCUGGAAGAAAUGUAUGCUCAAUGUCCAUAUCCAUCUGCUUCUCAAAGGCAACAGAUGAAGCAUGACUGUCUAGCGCUUAAGGACGUUGAGGAUGAAAAAAUCAAGGUUUGGUUUCAAAAUCGCAGGAGCCUUGAUAAGUUGGAGAAAGACAACGCGGAGUUUCACUUGGUUAGGGAGAGAUUGAUUGCUACACACUCCCUUUUGAAGGAGGAAAAUGACAAAUUGAAACAAACAGUGAUGGACCUGCUCUAUGAGAAUGAUUACUUGCAGCAAAACUGUAGGAUGCGUGUCAAGAACCUCUAG